AUGUCAAUUGUCUCUUUAUUAGAUGUCAAAGUAUUAAACAAUCCAGCAAAAUUUACCGAUCCAUAUGAAUUCGAAAUCACUUUUGAAUGUUUGGAAGAAUUAAAACAUGACUUAGAAUGGAAGUUGACUUAUGUUGGUAGUAGCAAAUCAUUGGAACACGAUCAAGAAUUAGAUUCUAUAUUAGUGGGUCCAGUACCUGUUGGUGUUAAUAAAUUUGUUUUCCAAGCAGACCCUCCUUCACCAGAUUUGAUUCCUGCUAGUGAAUUGGUUAGUGUAACUGUCAUAUUAUUAAGUUGUAGCUAUGACAAUAGGGAAUUUGUUAGAGUGGGUUAUUAUGUUAACAAUGAAUAUGAUAGUGAAGAGCUAAGGGAAAAUCCACCAACUGGUGCUGUUCCUAUCGAACACGUUGUCAGGAAUGUACUUGCUGAAAAACCAAGAGUUACUAGAUUUAAUAUUGUUUGGGACAAUGAUACUGGAGAGGAAAAUUAUCCGCCUGAACAACCUGAUGUUGAUGAGGAAGAGGAAGAAGAAGAAGAGGAGGAGGAAGACGAGGAAGACGAGGAAGACGAGGAAGACGAUGAUGACAAACAGCAUAAUAAUAAAAAGAGAAAAAUUUUGAAAGAGAAUAACGAAGAUGAAGAUGACGAAGAUGAAGAUGAAGAUAUCGAGAUUGACCUAGAAGCGGAAGAAGAAGAAGAAGAAGAGGAUGAAGAUGGAGAUGAAGACGAAGGAGAAGAAAGAGAAGGAGAAGGAGAUGAAAAAGGAAAGGAAAGAGAUGAAAAUGGUCUAACAACACCUAAAAUAGAAAAGGAAGAAACUCCAGAAACUAAAAUUCAAGAGGAUAACCAUACAAAUGAUAAAAUUGAUAUACCUACUCCUAAAGUAUGA